AUUAGAAAUGGGAGAACAAUUAGUAAACACCUGUGUGCAUUUGGAAAUUAUAUUUAAAUUUAUUGUGAACCUUUUUCUAAAUGUUUCUAUAGCCCAGUUUAGGAAGGAUUACUUGACAGCCAUAAGAAGAGAGAAAAGUAAAGCAUUGCGUAAAAAGGUUAUGGAAAAAACUGAAAAGAAAAAAGGAGUUAAAACAAUUGAUAUGAAUUUUCUUAUGACUGACACAUCUGAAAAUAAAAUUGUCUCACACCUUGGACUAAAAUCUAUGUCAUUACAGAAUGAAAAAUUCUAUUUAGAAUUCACAAAGAAAGAUUUGAUUAAAAUCUUGAAAGCAUAUGGAGUGAGUUUAUCAAUGAGUAAGAAAAAACCAGAAUUGGGACAAGUAUUGGCUGAAAAGUUGAAUGAGAAUAGUGCUAUGCCAAAUUAUUGCAUUUUCAAAGAUUCUAGUACAUGUACAGACAAAGAGAUACAUCAUCCUGAUACAAUUGUUGAAAUGCCAGAAACAGAAAUAAGUGUACCCAGUGCAACAGUUACAGUGUCUAAUAAAAGUAUGACACAAUCUCAAGAAGAUGCACAAAUACAUGUACACCAAGAUAACACAACUGAAACUACAACUCAUUUACCUUCUCGGAGUGUUGUUACUGAACCUGACAGUGCAAGUGUUUUUGUCACAACUGAUUGCACCACCCAAGCAAGUUUAUCAAAGAGGAAAGGUAAUAAGAAAACUACAAGAAAGCAAACAAGUAAAGCCAAAGGUAGACAGGGGAAAAGGGGUAUAGGAAGAAAGUUGAAACAAACAACACCACUUCCAGAUUCCUCAGAUGAGAAUUGUGGUAUUUGUGGAAAACCUGAAAAAUCUGAGGAGGACUGGAUUUGCUGUGAUAUAUGCUCUAUUUGGUAUCAUAGAGACUGUGUCGGAUUAGAAGAUGAAACCAGUUGGCUGACGUGUUCCAAUCCAGAUGCUGUAUAUAAUUGUCCAAUGUGUGUUUAGUUAGACAAAUGUCAUGAAUGGCUCGCUACAUGUCUCCUUGGAAGUUCCAGUUGUAUAGAUGUUUGUCGUGGUACAGUUUGACAGUCCACCUGUAUUUGAUUUUCUUGAUAUUGAACCUUCACCAAGUAUAAUAGUGUUCAUGGUUCUACUGUAUGUUAGGUUCAUGCUGCACUCUUUUUUUAUACGUUUGGAGUAAACACUUGGACGGAAGAACCAUAAAUCCACUUUUUGCAAGAUCUUCAUAUGCACGAGGAGAACGACAGUAAAUUGAUAGACACAUUCUGAUGAUAUCUUUAUCCCAGCGCCUAGCAUGAGGAUUUAAAUUAACAAACUGAGUUUGUGAUAAUAAAAAAGAUUGUGCUUUUUCUGGAAAACCACCUAAAAAUUGUUUUAAUUGUAACAAAUUAUAGUUAUUUACUGGUAAAUCAUCACAUGGUUUCUGUAAAGUCUUGUUGUCAUUUUGAAAAUCAUUGUCAUUAUUUUUGUUCUUAAAUUUCCUGCAUACCGCACAUACAUUUAAUUUUGAUUGAAACGGAACAACACCUUUGCAGUUUUUAGAUCUGUAUUUAAAUAUCGAAUCAUGACUGGUAUCUGCACGAUUUUCUCUCAGCGCAUUUUCUGGUAAAUCAAUGAUGUUGUUGAUUUCAGAUUCAUCAACCCCAGAACAGAUUAUAAAGUUUUUAGCUAAGUCAAUUAUGCACUUAAUACUUUCUUUAGACAAUUCAAAUGUGUCAGAUAUUUUUAAAUCAUCAAGAAAAACCUUUUUACCUGAAAUUGUUACAUUCCAUAUUCCAGAGGAAUGAAAAGUAAUUUCUGUUAAAAUUCUGUUGCCAUUGACUAAACAACCAUUAAAGUGUCCUAAUGUUAUUGCAUGGUCAGUUUUACUUAUUAAAAUGGUAUUUUAUUGAAUCAUAUUUGAAAUGUGUUGAAAUUUAAAUUCAUCUUCUUUUGAAACUGGAAUCUUCCAGGCAAGUCCAUAAUAAACUUUGGUGAAUUUUUUAUAAUUAUUUGUACAUCGCUUUGUUUUAGCCACACAAUUCAUAAACAUUGGAAUUUUUCUUAUGAUUCUUCCAAUUUCAUGGGUGGAAAAUUCCAAAUUUCUUUGUUGUAUUUCAUACAGUUCAAUAGAUGAGUUCUCAUCUUGAAAGAUAUUCUCUGUCAGCCUAAAAAAAUAUAUUCUUUGAAUUACAAAGUGUUGUUUUUGUAGCCUUAAACAUUUGUUUUUGCCUUAAAUAUGUCUUGUUUUUGUUAUUUUUGUUCCUGAGUUACUGUCUCGUUGAUGCAUACCCAACAUCUUCUUUUAUUCAUACAUUAUGGUACUAGAUUUUCAAGCAACAGUUUUUUUUGCAAGGAUGUAUGCAUAAGUAAUAUAAAUCCCAUAAAA